CGCUGCAUAUUCAUAUCCACAAGGUAAAUCAUUCAGCACAAAAAAAAGGUACAAUUCUUGAACUCCAUUUUUAACAUCAGAAACUUUCUUCAUAUUUACCGAAAAUUUCACAAAAUCAUCGAAUUUCUUACCGGUGGAUUAGAUUUAGUAUGCACCAUUUGGUUGUAGGUGAACUGAACCAGCAACGAGUACUACUUGGAAACUAAGAACUCUAUAUUUCCUAUCUUCAGCCACCGUGAAAUUUUUCUGGUUUAGAGAAUAUGAAUCGAGCUUCUUGUUUCAUAGGGUUUAGAGAUGUAAUCAUUGCAAAUCUUAAUUUUUCUUUUAAUUGAUGCUUAAGAAUCGGAACUACCAUAUAGAAGGAGAGAGAACUUCGAGAAUCACUCGUUUCCUGUCGGGAAAGUGAGAAAAAAUAUGGGAGUAAACAGAGGAGUUCUGUUGGCAGCGGCGGCGCUCCUGUUUGCGGCGGUGAUGUUGCCGGAGGUGGUGGCGGUGCGUUACAUAGUGGGUGGCAACAUGGGCUGGAGCCAAAGUGUGAACUACACAAUUUGGGCUCAGGACAAGAAGUUCUACAAUGGGAAUUGGCUCUUUUUCAUGUACGAUAGGAACCAGAUGAACGUUCUUGAGGUGAACAAGACGAAUUUCGAGAGCUGCAACUCCGAGCAUCCGCUCCACAACUGGACUACGGGUGCCGGGAGGGACGUCGUCCCCCUCAACGUGACCAAGACGUUCUUCUUCAUCAGCGGGAAGGGGUUCUGCUUCGGGGGCAUGAAGGUCGCCAUCCACGUCGAGAAACCUCCUCCUCCGCCAUCAUCCUCUCCGAUAAAGAGCAGCUCUCCGCCUAGUUUGAGAAGCCGGGUUUUCGUCCCGGCCCUUUUCGCCGUUGCAGCUGCCUGGGAUGCUCUUCUGCUGCUCUUGUAGCUUGCUUUCAUUGAUGAGAGUUGUUUAGCCCAAAUUGUGAAGAAUUAUUGAGCUUGUGGCAUUGUUUUUGUUACUUCUUUCUUCUUUUUCUUUCUUUUAUUUAUCCAUCAAAUUUGAACUGAGUUUACAGAUGAAUUCAGAUCAAGAUUGAAUGA